AUGGUCAAAAUCGUGAAAAGCGCUCAGUAUCUGUGCAAAAGGAAUAAAUGUGGUCCACUGGAUUACGGUCAAAUGGCUGAGGAAGCGUUUGCGAGUAGCUACAAGCCGCUGGUGCGUUUCAGAUAUGUUGCGAGGUGGUUUGUCAAUUGCUGUCUGAUAUUUUUACAAGUCGGAAUCUGCAGUGUUUAUUACAUAUUCGUAGUUGAUCAUGCAAAAGAGGUGCUCCCGUUAGAGAACAAAAUGAAACACCCGAAGGACAUGGAUGGUUUCAAUGGCGUUCUAUCGACAGGAGUUUCUUUGGUGACUUUGAUCUACGCAGCAUGUGGAUUCUAUGGCUAUAUCACGUAUGGCGAUCAGGUUCAAGGCAGUGUCACAUUGAACUUGUCCGAUACACCGCUGAACUUCGCCGUGAAAUGCAUGUUGCUAUGCGUCGUCUACUCAAGUUUUCUUAUCCAACAAUAUCCAAUUGUGGAAAUGCUUUGGCCAAUGGCGAAACGGCCUCUACGAGCCCGCAACACCAGAAGGGCCUACAUCAUCGCUCUCGAGUAUCUAUUCCGAUUUUCAAUAGUGUUUGUUGCAUUGGGUUUGGCAUGGCUGAUACCAAAUCUGGACCAGAUUAUUCCGUUGGUUGGUGUGACGGCUGGUAUGCUACUUGCUCUGGUGCUGCCAGCAAUUCUGGAGAUUGUCGUUUUUAUUGAGGAAUGGCGGGCUAAUUUCACAACUCUUAAGCUGUCUAUACACAUUGGUUUGGAUUGUUUCUAUGCUCUGCUAGGAUUGUUUUUCGUCAUUACGGGUUUGCAAGCAAAUAUUAAAAAUCUGAUGAGCGGGGAAUCAAGUUGA